UUCUAUUCAACUUGAUUUUUCAAGGGAAGUUUAAUGUCCACCAUCAAUGAAAAAGGUGGCCACACAUAGAAGGUAACUAUGAAACCAGAAAGCAGAACAAGAUCAUACAAGUCUAACCAGAUGCCAUUGCCUACCGAAGGUUUGAGGUUGGGGGCUGCUGUCUGUGAAAUGGGCAGAUGAUGCACUAGAAGAGGUGGUCAGGACAUAUGAGCCCCACACGGAGACUUUCUCCUAGUUGCCAUUAGGAGCAUGAGUAGAGAUUUGAAAGGAUACUUUGUCCCUGUGUGAGUCAAUGUUGUUUAGCAAUAUAUCUGCAUGUCACCACAAGUCACCCUGCUGUAAGCAUACCACAUUUUGGGUAAUACCUUUUUGUGUGUAAUUUGUGUUUCAAUCCAAGGUCUUGGAAUAAAAACCGUGGGUGAAUCAUUUAUGAUCUCCAGGGAAAUUCAGGGCAAUUUGGUGUUGUGGUGAGGUGUUGGAGGGGAGCAGAAUCUAGAGAGUCAGCUGGAAUCCAGCAGAGGCGCUCAGUUCACCUUGAGGCAUCUGGGGGACUCCAAUCCCGGCCCCAUCCUGCAGAGGAUGGCAGAUACUGGCAUCUGGUACCAGCGUGUCUCCAUUGUGGUCUCCAUCAAUUCAGAACAUCAGUGUGUCGAAGGUCCCCCCAGGAGACAGCUCACAACCUUCUGUGGUCACCCCACUUGGUCCACAACAAGGAACUGAAAUUAACAUGGGAGGUAUGGGAAGGGUGUAAGGGAGUGUAGGCAAAUUAGAGCACACGUAGAUGUAAGAAAUCUGAUAUCUGUGGGGCUACCUCACAGGAGGAGAGUUUUCUACCAGUGCCUUGCUUGCUUCCUUUGCAUGCUGUCUUGGCGCUUGGUGGUUUCCUGCCUAGUGGAGGGAGACAGGCUAGAGAUGAGGUUGCCUGCUCCUGAGCUGGGCAUCUGAAGGCAUCACUGGGCAGGCUGAGUGCACCAGGAGGGUCUGCCAGACUCCAGGAGCUGCUGCCUCGCUGCGUUUCCCACACCAUGCGUUGCCUGGCUCCACGCCCUGCGGGGUCCUACCUACCAGAGCCCCAAGGCAGUGGGCAGUGUACCACCAUGGAGUUGGGGCCUCUGGAAGGUGGGUACCUGGACCUUCUCAACAGCACUGCCGACCCCUUGAAGCUUUACCACCUCUAUGACAAGAUGGAUCUGGUUGGUGAAGAAGAGAUCGAGCUCUGCUCAGAACCCGACAUGGACACCAUCAACUGUGAACAGUUCAGCAGGCUGUUGUGUGACAUGGACUGUGAUGAAGAGACCAGAGAGGCUUAUGCCAAUAUCGCGGAACUGGACCAGUAUGUGUUCCAGGACUCCGAGCUGGAAGGCCUGAGCAAAGACAUUUUCAUCGAGCACAUAGGAUCGGAAGAAAUGAUAGGUGAAAGUGCGGACAUACUGGAGCAAGCAGGGCAGAAAAGUCAGAAAAGACCCUUCCCAGACGAUCUGCCUGGGGACCUGAAGCACAGGAAGCUAGCUGAGCCCCUAGCCGUACCCAUGGUGACUGGCACUUUCCUGAUGGGGCCAGUGGGCAACUCCUCGGUGCUGCCCUGCCCGUUCCCAUCUGCUCUGUUCAGCAAGGAGCCAGCAUCCAGCCAGGCCCGGCUGGAGGAAACCAACCUGACGCCCGUCCCCGCUUCCGGUUGCUUGUUGAGCUGCCUCGCUCUCCCUGCUGGACGCGUGCAGAUCAUCCCCACUCUGCCCCAGGGGCUCUGGCGCAUCUCAGGAGCUGGGUCAGGGGUCUCCAGUAUACUCAUCUACCAAGCUGAGAUGCACCAGGCAGGCCAAAUGCCUCCUACAAGCAGUCCACCUGUCCACAGCUUCCCAAAGUCUCCAGACCGGCCUGGCUCCACCAGCCCCUUUGCCCCGUCGGCAGCUGACCUUCCCAGCAUGCCCGAACCAGCCCUGACCUCCCGCGCGAACAUGGCAGAGAACGAGGUGUCCCCCACCCAAGGCCUGGCAGUUCACCAGGUCCCCAGCAAGCUUCCAAAAUGGCCUGAGAGUGUGGAGCGGUUCUGCCGCUCGCUGCGGGACAAGUACCGGGCCGAGCCCGCAGGCCCGGAAGGCAUCCUGGUGGAAGUGGACCUGGUGCGGGCACAGCUGGAGAGGAGCAGCAGCAAGAGCCAGGAGAGGGAGCUGGCCACGCUGGACUGGGCGGAGCGGCAGCUGGCCCACGUGGGUCUGGCCGAGGUGCUGCCGGCUGCUGGCGACCGCCGGCGGCCGCGUGACACCCAGGUGAUUGCUGCGCUGGGCAAAGCAGGUCAGGGCAAGAGCCGCUGGGCCCAGGCAGUGAGCCGGGCCUGGGCCUGCGGCCAGCUGCCCCAGUACGACUUUGUCUUUCACUUGCCCUGCCACUGUUUGCACCAUCCGGGGGACACCUACCGCCUGCGGGACCUGCUCUCCCUGGGCUCGCAGCCCCUGGUGGUGGACGAUGAGGUCUGGGGCCACAUCUUGAGGAGGCCCGACCGCGUGCUGCUCAUCCUGGAUGCCUUCGAGGAGCUGGAAGCCCAGGACGGCUUCUUGCACGGCACAUCUGGCCCGGCGCCUACAGAGCCCCGCUCCCUUCGGGGACUGCUGGUGGGCCUCUUGCAACGCAAGCUGCUGCGCGGCUGCACGCUGCUGCUCACGGCCCGGCCUCGGGGCCGCGUCGCCCCGAGCCUCAGCAAGGCCGAUGCCCUCUUUGAGGUGGCCGGCUUCUCGGCUGAGCAGGCCGAGACCUACGUGACGCGCUACUUUGAGCGUUCCGGAGAGACCAAGCACCAAGAGAGAGCGCUGGCGCUCCUGCGGGGCCGGCCCCUUCUCCUCAGUCACAGCCACAGCCCCACCCUGUGCCGGGCCGUGUGCCAGCUCUCCGAGGCCCUCCUGGAGCUGGGUGAUGAGGCCGAGCUGCCCUCCACGCUCACGGGACUCUACGUUGGCCUACUGGGCCCUGCAGCCCGUGACAGCCCCCCGGGAGCCCUGAUGGGCCUGGCCAGGCUGGCUUGGGAGCUGGGCCGCAGACACCAUGGCACCUUGAGGGAGGGCGAGCUCCCGUCGGCAGCGGUGAGGGCGUGGGCUGUGGCCAAAGGCUUGGUGCGGCCCACCCCGGGGGCCCCGGGGACUGAGCUGGCCUUCUCCAGCUUCCUCCUGCAGUGCUUCCUGGGGGCUGUGUGGCUGGCUCUGAGCGGUGAAAUCAGGGACAAGGAGCUGCCUCAGUAUUUGGCAUUGACCCCAAGGAAGAAGAGGCCCUAUGACAACUGGCUGGAGGGCACUCCACGCUUUCUGGCUGGGCUGGUCUUCCAGCCUCAUGCCCGCUGCCUGGGAGCCCUGGCAGGGCCGGCGACGGCCACCCUGGUGGGCAGGAAGCAGAAGGUGCUCACCAGGUACCUGAAGAGGCUGCAGCCCGGGAUGCUGAGGGUGGGGCGGCUGCUGGAGCUGCUUCACUGUGCCCAUGAGACGCUGGACACUGGGCUCUGGCAGCACGUGGUGCAGGGGCUACCGGCCCGCCUCUCCUUCCUGGGGACCCGCCUCACGCCUCCCAAUACUCACAUGCUGGGCAGUGCCUUGGAGGCAGCGGGCAGAGACUUCUCCCUGGACCUCCGCAGCACUGGCAUUGACCCCUCUGGACUGGGGAGCCUCGUGGGACUCAGCUGUGUCACCCAUUUCAGGGCAGCCUUGAGUGACACAGUAAGGCUGUGGGAGUCCCUGCAGCAGCGUGGGGAGGCCAAGCUACUCCAGGCAGUGGAGGAGAAGUUCACCAUCGAGCCUUUCAAGGCCAAGUCCAUGAAGGAUAUAGAAGACCUGGGCAACCUCGUGCAAAUCCAGAGGACAAGAAGCUCCUGGGAAGACACAGCUGGGGAACUCCCUGCUGUCCGGGACCUCAAGAGGCUGGAGUUUGCGCUGGGCCCUGUCUUGGGCCCCCAGGCUUUCCCCAGACUGGUGAGGAUCCUCGAGGCCUUUUCCUCCCUUCAGCAUCUGGACCUGGACUCACUGAGUGAGAACAAGAUUGGGGAUGAGGGGGUCGCGCAGCUAUCAGCCACCUUCCCUCAACUGAAGGCCUUGGAGACGCUCAACUUGUCCCAGAACAGCAUCACUGACGUGGGCGCCUGCAAGCUCGCCGAGGCCCUGCCCUCGCUGGCUGCGUCCCUCCUCAGGCUGAGCCUGUACAAUAACUGCAUCUGUGAUACGGGAGCUGAGAGCCUAGCACACGUGCUCCCACAGAUGGUGUCCCUCCGGGUGCUCGAUGUCCAGUACAACAAGUUCACAGCUGUGGGGGCCCAGCAGCUCGCCGCCAGCCUGAGAAAGUGCCCUCACGUGGAGACGCUGGCGAUGUGGACGCCCACCAUCCCAUUUGGUGUCCAGGAACACCUGCAGCAGCUGGACUCACGGAUCAGCCUGAGAUGAUCCUGGCUGUGGCUGGGAUGAGCACAUUCUCUGAGGACACUGACCUCGCUGGACCUUGAACUGGUCAUUUGUGGGCACAGCUCUUCUUGGGCUGGCCCCUGCCCAGCCAUGGGAGGGACAGACCCAGGUCGGCUCCCUUCGGGACCCAGGCUGAUGACAGCCCUGCUCAACCACUGCAGCCCUGGUGGACGGACGGGCGCCUGGGGGCAGCUGCAGUCCACUUGGGCCCUGAGCCAUUCCCUGCAGGACGCUCUGGACAGUCGUGGCCAGUUCAGAGUGAGGGACUGAGAUGGCUGCAUCUCCGCCUCCACAUGCUCUAACAGCACAUGCUUGGGCUCUGAAGAUACCAGCAGGCAAAUGUGGCCUGGCGGCUGGGAUUCUGUGGCGGCUGCUUUCUGUCUGAGGGACUCACUGUUUUGCACUAACUGUGUUUGCUGAGGCCCAAGUGAGGCCUGGCCAGGCACGCUGGCCCCAAGCAGGGAAACAGCUGGUGGUACACUAAUGGAGGAGGGGAGGGGAGAUGGGCUGGAACCACACCUGUCUUUUCUGCCUCCAUUUGUGUCGUUUUCACUACAUUAUAGAUGGUUUUUAUCUCA